CAAAUUACCAUAUACUUUAUAUUUAAUCUUUAUUAAUAAAGUGAUUCAUUCACAACUAUUUGCUAAAUUACUGCAUUAAAGUGAAUUUCAUUAACUUUUGACAUUGUAUUUGUGAUAAUAGAUUAUCAUUAGCAAACUUUUAUCUGAUAAUUUUAUAAAAACAGAAUCGUGUUCAGUUAUUUAUUGUGUACACAAUAAUGGAUCAACUCUCUGCUGAAAAAAGAUUGUCGAUUGCAUAUUUAAUAUGCACAAUUACCGGAGCGAUUUCUAGCAUUUGCACGGGAGUUGCUUGGAGCCACUGGUAUAAAACACUUGAUCAAUGCAUCGAUAGAAAUUGCAGUUGCAUUAUAUACGGAACACACACUAUAAAUGUUUUUCUUGGAGGGGGCCAAGCACCUUGCAUAUGGGUCACAUUUGGCCCUUUAAUUUAUAUACUUUUUGCAAUAUCUAUGCUGUGCUUUCAUGGAUAUAGAGUUUUGUUUACCACAAAAUCACCAACUGGAAGAUCUACAAGAACUAUGUUGGCUAAAUUAGACACUGGAGAAUCUGUACAAAUCGAAGCCAUCUCGCAGGAAGUGACCAGCCAUUUGCCAACAUGCUUUUGGGUGACUGUUUCAGUUUUUUCUGUAUUCUUCUCGGUAUAUUCCUUAAUCCACUUUUCAAUAUUCAUGGAUGGUUAUAAUCACACUUGUAACCAAUACCGUUCGACGUUGGAAAGGCUACUGAGCGUGCAUGGUUCCGUACUGCCGGUAAUUUACAGUCGAUUAAGUUGCCAAGGAAUAUACGAUUUCAUGGAUUAUAUGCAACCAGAUACUGGCAGAGCUUAUCGUGACGGUAUCAUUAAUACCGGCUUAUGCCUCAUUUUUGCCCUUUCUGGAGCUUGUAUUAAUUGGGUUUCUUUCAUAUACGCGAGCUUCAUAAAUAUUAAAGUGGCAGUAGUAAAUGAGGCUGAUGUGGAAUAAAUUUUUCAUCAUGAUUACCUGGUAGUCAUCAUAUCAUUUCGACAGCUUUUGCAUUUAAAUGUUUUAAUCACUGCAUUUUUUAGCUACUUUUAUACGUUUAGCAAUAAUAUUCACGAAGUAUAUGGUAAAAUUGUGGAAUUUUAAGUCUAAAACUCGUUUAAUUGUGCUUAUUUUACUUUUAUUCUAUUGCCAAUUUUCAAAGUACAAAAUAUUUUACUAAAGUAUGAGUGAAAAGUAUUUUUUUAAAGACCUUUUAAAGUAUGACUGAAAUGUUGUGUUUUAAGUGUAAUUACCUUCUAUUUACGUAUAUUUUGAUAUGUAUUUUUUCAUGAUAAGUAUUUUUUUCAAAAUGGUAUCUAAUACCUAAAUAGGUCGUUUUUUGUUAACGAAGUUAUUUUGCUCAUGUGUUUUUUUGAACAUUCCAAUGGUGUCAUAAUUGCAAUAUAUACAACGUAAAUGUAUCCUUUUUGCAGUAUUUAAAUAUUUUACUUAUGCCAAUCAAUUUGCAUAUUUAAUCGCUUUAAUCUUUAUAUUUAUAUAUAAAAUCAAAAUUACUGUAGUGUGUAACACGAGUGUUCACGGAAAGUGAUAUUGUAACCGUCCGAAUGUGCCUAGUAAUUAAGUUAGUUAGUAUUUUUUAUUAGUAUUUUUAUAUAGAUUACAUUUUUCAUAUAUGGACACAGCACUUCAGCAACAAAUUUUUUAUAAUCUUAAAUAAUAUAAUUUUUAUAAUCUUAAUUUUUUUUAUUUAUUUAACUUAGUUAUUUC